CCACAAUCGUAAUUACUCCUAAGCUGAUCUCCAACUCUUGAGUCCCCCUCAAUGGCCAGGAGACCUUCGAUCUUAAAACCCUCACGACUGUCAUUUCCCCUGUCACCACAGUGUCGCCGUCUAUUCUCCCAGCAUACACUUAAGAUGUCUGCAUCAAACAAGCAUUCCAAGUUCAACCAUCUGCCCCGCGCUGCCGAGGGCCCCUUAGUGUGUCCUCAUGAGGGUAGAGACCUCCUAGAGUCCUGUCAGUUCAACAAAGGAUCUUCCUUCCCGGAGGACGAACGUCGGGCAUUCAAACUACUAGGCCUGCUCCCCCCCAACGUUCAGACGUUAGAGGAGCAGGUCCAGCGAGCCUAUGAGCAAUACAGCAGCCGGGAAAGUGAUAUCGCGAAGAACACCUUCAUGGCUAGUAUGAAGCAGCAGAAUGAGGUUCUGUACUACAAGUUAUUGGAGACUCAUCUCAAAGAAAUGCUUAGUAUCAUAUACACGCCAACUGAAGGCGACGCGAUACAGAACUAUUCGCGUCUGUUCAGGAAGCCCGAAGGGUGCUUCCUGAAUAUCAAAGAGCAGGAGAAGAUCGAGGAGUGUCUUUCCAAUUUUGAAGGCAGUGAGGAGAUUGACUAUAUCGUCGUCAGUGACGGGGAGGAGAUUCUGGGCAUUGGAGACCAAGGUGUAGGUGCCAUUUUGAUCUCAGUCGCCAAGUUGGCAUUGACAACUAUCUGUGCGGGAAUCCACCCUUCGCGGCAGCUUCCAGUCGUCUUAGACUGCGGGACCGAUAAUGAAUCCUUGCUCAAGGACGAUCUAUACCUGGGACUUCGACAGCCGCGCGUCAGGGGAGAAGAGUAUGACCGGUUUGUGGAAAAUUUCGUGACAGUCGCAAAGAAGAAGUUUCCAAAGGCAUAUAUUCAUUUUGAGGACUUCGGCCUCCAUAACGCCAAGCGCAUCCUUGACAAGUUCCGCUCCGAGAUCCCAUGCUUCAACGAUGAUAUUCAAGGGACGGGGUGUGUGACCUUGGCUGCCUUGAUGGCUGCAUUGCAUGUCAGCAAGGUCAAGAUGGAGGAUGUGCGGAUCGUGGUUUAUGGGUCCGGGUCUGCUGGCACAGGCAUUGCCGCGCAAAUCGCUGACACGAUCGAAAAUGAGGCGGGCAAGCCAAAGGAAGAAGCUAGGAAGCAGAUAUGGUGCCUUGAUAAGCCCGGGCUUCUUCUCAAGUCUUUGGGAGAUCAACUGACACCAGCCCAAGUGCCAUUUGCACGGGACGACGACGAAUGGUCUGGAGAAAAGUCCCGAGACUUGCUGGCCGUGGUGAAAAAGGUGCAACCGCACGUUUUGAUUGGGACUUCUACCCAGCCUAAAGCUUUCACGGAAAAGAUCAUUCGCGAGAUGGCCAAGCACGUCGAGACCCCGAUCGUGUUCCCUCUCAGCAACCCCACACGCCUGCACGAAGCAUGUCCCGAGGACAUCAAUCGUUGGACAGAUGGCAAGGCCUUAAUGGCUACCGGCAGUCCAUUCCCACCUGUUGAACGGGACGGAGGGAAGUACGAGAUUGCCGAAUGCAACAAUUCUACUUGCUUCCCCGGCAUCGGACUGGGAGCGGUUCUCUCGCGGACCCGCGUUUUGUCAGACAAGAUGCUUGUCGCAGCAGUCAAAGCAUUGGCUAUGCGGUCGCCGGCGCUGCAAGAUCCCAAGGAGCCACUUCUCCCCGACGUUCAGGAUGUGCGAGAGAUUAGCAUCGAUAUUGCCAAGGCGAUAAUCAAGACCGCAGUGGAGGAAGGGCACGCUGAGGAGACGGGAAUUCCUACGGACGAUCAGGAAUUGGAUGAAUGGGUUCGGAUUCAAAUGUGGGAGCCGAAGUACAGACCGCUGGUGCGACCGCACCAACAAGAGUGAAUUGAUGGGUCUGAAUGGGGAGGAGAGAAAGUUGAAAUUUUCUCAAUACAUAUACACUACUUGGUGCAUAGUAGUACUAAAUGGUGACUUUCAAACCACU